UCCAUAAGAGCCAGAGAGGUGAACGGGUGAACACAGAAAAAAAGGAAAAGAAGGUAGAAUUUUAUAAAAAUAGGUCUUCGAACGUUAUGAAACUAAAAAGUCUUUCGGAAUUGUAUGAAAAGUACUUUUAGGCUUAACAAAAAAGUUUAAGAAACGCCAUACAACGUAUUGGAUGUGAUAUCCGCACGUUCCAGUGGCCAAGAGUGCAAACAAAACACCACUAAUUCCAACUGGGCCCAGUUUCGAUUCUCAGUGUGGGGCCAGUGUAGUCAAAUUGCAACUUCCUUUUCAACAAAUCCAAUAAUUAGUUGUACUAUAACCCAAGUGAUAAGUUUAGUGUACUGUAAGUUGUUUCGGACACCAGGAUCGUUAUGUUAACCCUCUAUUACGUGAGCGCAACAUUUUUGCAAUCCUGGCGUAUUAACAAGAUAUGCCAAAAGAUUAGCGAGCAAUUGUCACAACAGGCAACAAUAGCAUUUUAUGCUCUGCCCCAAAACAGAGACGAUGGCUUCUAUUCGCGUUUGGCUACAUCCGAAUUGUGUCAGAAUCGGCAAGUAGCUAAAGUCACGGAAAUCCUAUGGCUGCAUGACCACUAUAGAGGCUGUUGCCUAAUGCCUUUACAAUCACUGCACACAUCUGCCUGGAUUUCAUUUCCGGAAGCACCAGGUUUACUGCCAUUCCAUUUUGGUAAAGCUCCCGAGUCUCUACAACGUAGUUUAAGUUUAGAUAGACAUGGUGGUUUGAUACGCCUUUUAUUGGAAACCGAAACUACGCCAUGCUACGAUGCUGAACUGUGGCAAAAGGACAUAGUCAGGAUUGAAAACUAUGGUAAGCUGGUUGCCUGGAAAAUAGAUUCCCACCUCGCAAUGCUCAUUGAAACCGAUAUUGAGCAUUUUACCAAACUAUUAAUAGAUACAUUUUUACAAAAUCACUUUAUUAUCAAUGAUCAUCUGCCUCUGUUACGGAUUGAGUCUGUUAAAAAUGAUGGUGAUCCCCAGCCUUAUUCGUUGUUGUGUAGCCAUUUGCGUAAGCCAGUUCGAAGUGCAGAGGAAUGCUUACCCGAAGAUUGGGCCAAACAUUUAGAAGAUCUCAGAGCAUUAAGUGUUUUGGCCAAUCAGGCAAUCGAAUACACUUCCAGUAAAAGUAGAAAUGAACCCAAAGCCACAACAGGGGCCAUCAAGCCUGAUCUUAUACCUCAAGAAAAACGUUCCGAGAUUGAAAUUAAAAAAGAGAAAGAAUCUCCCAAAAAACCUCAAAAGGCCAUGAACAAAACUUUAGAGGAAGUACCAGAAAUCUCCAAAAAGGAUGUACUAGCCGAUGUUAAGCCUGCAGAGGUAAAACUUGCUUCCAGAGAUACUGAAAAAUUCAUAAAGGCUGAACAAACUAAUGAAACCAAACCAAAUGAGGCAAAGACCUCGCCCAAUGUCCAACAGGCCAGUCCUAGUAAAUUAAGAGCCAAACCCACAGAGAUAAGGAAACCUGGAGCAUUAGAUACAGGGCGUUUUAAGACAACAAAGGCUUCGGAAAAUCUGAUUGAAGCUGAAUCCAAAAAAUCUAGUGAAUUAGAAAGAAUCGCUGCUUCUAAAGCUGCUGAAAUUUCCAAAUCGAAAUCUCCAACCAAAGAUAAUGAAGCAAAAUAUGCUAAGCAGCCAUCUACAACGUUGACAUCUUCUUCACCUGCAGUGGUGGGGCAAAAUGAUGUGCCAUCAACAAAAUCGACAGCUAGUUUAUCGCAAGUAACCAAAGAUCAAGAAAAAACUCCAAAAAUUCCUCAGGUUGCAGAACCAUUAUCUGAACCCACAAAGUCAAUUCCAACAGACUCAAUACCAAAAAUAGAAUCAGUCGAUAAGACUGCAAGCAAAACAACAACUCCAGCCACAACUACAGCAGCAAGCAGCAACAUUAACACACCAAAACCAACAGUGGCAACUACAACCGCAUCUGUAUCAUCAGCAGGCAUUACAUCGUCGCCUUUAAAGGACAACACCAAAAGACCCAGUUUAAAACGUCACAAGGACAGCAUCAAAGAAUGUAAACCUCUUAACGUUUUGGUAUACGCCGAGACGGCCACAGCUCGAGAAAGUGCCAUUACCAUAUUGAAAGAAAUUCUUGCCGAAAAUACUUACACCAUUUACCCUAUGACACAGCAGCAAGUUGAACAACAACAUUGGCUCAAUACCACAGCCCUGUUGGUAGUAUGCGGCUCGGUGGUAAAUUCAAUGGGUGAACUUUUUGUCGAUUAUUUCUUGCAUGGCGGCAAAGUGCUCUCAUUGUGUUCCGAUGUCUUGCACUUCAUAUUGCCCACAUAUCGAACAGCCGAGGUUCGUGAACAUGAGCUGGUGCAAUUUUCUUAUGACAAAUGGCAAAAGGUUAAAAUGAUGCAUCACAUAUUUUGCUAUCAACCCUCGCCGGUAAAGAAGAAUUUCUCCACCGACAGUGAUGAUUCGGCCCAUGCAACAAAUCGUAAACCAGCUCUAGUGUGUCUACCAAGGUCCGUUGAACUGAAGGAUUUGAAAGGCCAUCUUCACCGACUCGAUGUCAAAGUUCUGGGCACCGAAGAAACCUGGAAUACGCCCAGUCUUUUAUUGGCACACAAUCAAAAAAGUGGAGGAUCUGCUGUAUUUUCUCAGGUUCAUUUGGAAAUAAGCCCCAGCGAAUUUGAAUCGGAUGAAGCGAAAUAUUCCAUUCUCAAACAAAACGAUAAGAUACGGCAUGAAAUAUUUUCCGAUUUGCUGAAGAAUCACUUAAGUUUAAGUGUCAAAUCGGAGAAAGUCAAUGCAAAUGGUUCCGGCCCAAAAUGUGUGUUCAAGAAAGCCUACUUCUUGGGCAAACAUGAGGCCAAAUUUGAACUUUUAGGAAAGCUAAAGGAUAAAUGUGAUGGCGAUAAUGUCAUUGCUACACCAAAUUUAAUGAUUAAAUUUUGCGGUCCAGACGAUAAACUGCCCAAUGUCAAUUCCAAUAUUCUUCCCAUACUUAUACAUUCCUGUCCCGAAGACUUUUCCACUGUGGAUUAUUUUGAUAAUCUUAAGACUCGUUAUGUGGGACGUUUAGUCAUCUAUGCCCCAGUUGUUAGUAGUUCACAACAUGUCGUUGCCGACUUGGAACUUAGCAAUGGCAUUGCAGUAAUUCCGCGCCAGCAAACGGAUGGAGUAGGUCGCAGCAAUAAUCAGUGGCUUAGCCCUUUAGGAUGUGUUAUGUAUUCCAUUCAACUUCAUGUAUCGUUGAACAGUCCAUUGGGCAAACGUUUGCCACUGUUGCAACAUGUGAUUGGUGCAGCUAUGGUCAAUACUUUAAAAGGCCAUGACCAGUACAAGGUCCUGAAUAUCGGUUUAAAGUGGCCCAACGACGCAUAUGCCAAUGGUGUUACUAAAAUUGGUGGUUUAAUGGUGAGAACCACACUUAACGGAACGAAUGCUAUAGUCAAUAUCGGAUGUGGUAUCAAUUUGGAUAACAGCAAGCCAACCAUAUGCGUAAAUGACAUGAUCAGGGAGUAUAAUCAUGCUAACCAAAAAAAUUUGCCAUUGCUUAAGUACGAACAAUUCAUAGCAAUGAUGUUUAAUGAAAUCGAACAAUUGGUCGAACUAAUACAAAAUGGAGAUUUUGACAAAUUUUACAAAAUUUAUUACGAUUUGUGGCUACACAGUGAUCAAUCCAUAUCGAUUUGUGACAAGGAUGGCUCAACCAAAGAUGUCAAGAUUUUAGGCAUAGAUGAAUAUGGCUUCCUGCAGGUCAAGUUGGCUAAUGGCUUGACUGAAAUAGUGCAUCCCGAUGGUAAUAGUUUUGAUAUCCUUAAGGGACUAAUUGUACCUAAGUUUAAUUAAAAGAAAGUCGAUUCAAAAUAGUUUUUAUUAAGGAAUAUAAAUAUACUAUAUUAAUAAGA